UCCCCACAGCAUACUUUUCCCCCAUGUUGUUUAAGUCUUGGGUGACGUACGUUAAUAAUAAUUAAAUAAUUUAUGUUUUAUCCUUCAAUCAUUUCAACUUUGAAACAUUUACACCCCAAGCACCGCGUUCUAGUGUUUAUUCACAAAAGAAGUCGACACUUCGACAGUUACAACGAAGUGUGUGUAUCGAUGUUGAUCGUCGCUUGUCAUUGUUUUCUAUCCGCAGCUCUUCACCCAAUCAAUAGAUACGUAAGUGCAUAAAUAAUAAACAAGCCGGGCGAUACAGAUACAAUUAAGCUAUAGUCAAGUGCAAGAACUGUGUCUCCGUGGUCCGCGAUCGGUGUAUAUAUAUAGCGAAGUGCGAGGAACAGAAGAGAAGCAAAGCACACACACCCAGAGCGGAGCUUAAUGGACGAUUUUGUGGCGCAGCAGCAGCGUCCCGUCGUCGUUGGCCAUCAUCACCUGUCCCAGAAAAACAGCAAAACGGCGGCACUCGACGUACUCCACUCAACGUCGGCCCUGCGUCGACAGCAGCCAUCAUCAGCAGCUGUGUCGUCGUCUUCCUCUCGUAGCGUAGCGGCGGCCUACUACUCGUCGUCGUCAUCUUCGUCGACAGCUGUAAGCAAGGCUGCGCUACUCCUUGCGGGAGGCAGCAAUAAAUCCGAGGAACGAAGUAGCCACCACAAAAGCAGCACAAUGGGCAGAUCGAGGUCGCGGAGCAAGUCGCCGAGCAGUAGGCGCCGCCACAAGAGCAAACACUCGCACAAGCAUCGCUCCAAAUCACGCGAGAAGCGCUCCAACAGCAAGUACACCGAAAAACCUCGUGAAAAAAGCUCAAAGUCCAGAAAGCGCUCGCACUCGGAGUCGUCCAGCAGCGCAUCGGACGUGUCCGACGACGUGCACGUUGUCACGCACAAGAAGCGCACGUACCGGGAAAGAGAACGGAAAAUGGACGAGGUCGAGCGGCUUGCGGAGAUGGAGAGACAAAGAUUUUUUUGUUUAAGGCGUCAAAGAGAGGUGGAGCAAAAGAUUGUGGAAGAAGAAGCCGCUAAAAGGAUAGAGGAGCUCGUGCAAAAGCGAGUGGAAGAAGAGCUGGAGAAGCGAAAAGAAGAGAUCGAAGCUGAAGUGCAGCGACGAGUUGAAGAGGCUAAAAGAGCCAUGGAACGACAAAUGAUGGAGGAAAUGGAGUGGCGACAAGCUAAAUUACGCGAAGAGGAAAAGAGAAGAGAGGAGGAAGAGCUGAAAAAACGCGAGGAACUUGAAAGGAUCAUGGAGGAGAACAACAGAAAAAUUGAAGAAGCCCAAAAGAAACUGGCCGAGGAAAGACUCGCGAUGGUAGAAGAGCAGCGGCUAAUGGAAGAAGAGAGACAAAGAAUGCGAAAAGAGCACGAAAAACGCGUCAAGGAAGAGCAGAAAAAAAUCCUUGGCAAGAACAACUCCAGACCAAAACUCUCUUUUUCACUAAAGCCAGUUACGUGAGUCUAUUCAUUCGGUGUAGUUUUUUUGUUUUCUCUUGUGAUAUAAAAAAAAAAAUGCCCUUUGAUGUCUCUAUCGGUUGGAGCAUCAGCGCAAAAUGGACUCGAGAGUUUUUCUCAAGGAGCAAGAGCAGCCUAUCCUUGAGACUUUAACAAAUCUACUGCAAAGUUGACGAUUUUCGUUUUCUGUAAUGCAAUAAUGUAGUUAAUCCAGAUUUGUACGAGUGACUCAUAUAAACAUCGUCCAAUGAGAUUUUUUAAAGUUCCAAAGAUCAGUUCUGUUGUUCUCUACUCGAGUUUUCCAAAGAACCUCCGUUCAGCUUUGGAAACGUGUAAAAUGCUUUUUUUUCCUUUUUUUUUUUAAUCGGUUUAUUUUAUUGUAAAAAUCGCGUUUUUAUUAUUUUUAUCAUUAGUACUAUAGUGUUAUAUCUUGUAGAAUUACUGUGGAUGAGUGAGUGUAGUUUGAGUGGACUAAGAAAUUCAAGGUAUAUUUUGUAUAAAGUUUGCAGUUAUCUGCGAUUUUGCCUUCGAAUUUUAUUGGUACUGUAUGUAAUUAAUGUAUUUAUAGAAAUGCAUAUAAAAACAUUAAAAAUGAAAAUUCCUUUUUUACAAAUAAUAAAAAAAAAUUAUCUUUGAAAACAAGAGUGCUUUUGAGUUAUUAUUCCACAUACAAUUUAGUUCUUUCAAAUCAAGGAACUUGAUUAAUUUAUCUGCUUAAGAUUGUCUAAUAUAUACCUACAUAGUUUAUCAGAUAAUAAAAAUCUGUUUCAUCUUUUAAAUCAGUAUGAUUUGCUUCCAUACCUUGUAUAGUUAAAUUACGAUACUACUGUUCUGUACAAUAAAAGUUAUUGUUUCUUAGCUGUGGAUACUAAUAAAUC